CCUUCGGGAGUCCACUCUCGUCCGUUAAAUUUGUUCCGGUGGCUGUUCCCUAAUCAAGAUCAGUUUUGAAUUGUGGAAAUCGAACAAUUGGACUAUUUCAUAUUAUCAAAAUGUCCAGUUCUCAUUUUUCCGCAGUUCCUGUGCCGAAAGAUCGAUUCAAUGAAGUUAUUGAACAUUUGAGAUUCAAUUUCUUCGCGGAUGAACCGCUCAAUCACGGUGUGAGGCUUUGCCAGAAAGGUGAGUCGCAUUGCGAGUUGGAGAAUCAUUGUUUAUCGACGCUUAAGCAAGGAUACUCGAGGAUGCUCGUGACGGAUGAUGGGACGAUAGCAGGACUUGCGUUGAAUGGAACAACAAAAUCAGGUGAACGAGAGGAAGCAGUUCGUCGUCUAGCGGCUCUCGAUGACGAGAAAUUCAAAAUAAUUUUCGGUCUUUUGUACCAAGUCAACGACAAAGUCGACUUGUUUGAUAAAUAUCAUACCGAUGAGCUCUUUGAGUGCCGUAUUUUGAGUGUUGAUGAAGAGUUUCGAGGACGUGGACUCGCCAACAUCCUCAUGAGUGACUCGGUCGAAGUUGCGAGGAAAGCUGGGUUCAAGGUGAUGAAAGCAGACGCCACGGGCGUAUUUUCCCAGAAAGUAUUCGAGAAACAUGGCUUCAAGACUGAAGCAGAAAUUCCAUAUUCUGAAGUAGACGAGGACAUACGGCCCUCGCAACCACAUCGUGCCCUCAAAUUAAUGGUCAAAGUAUUCAAUUGAAUCCCGUGGGAGGAGAAAUCAUGAAAUGACACAUAAAUCAAAGAAUGAUGUAGUAAUGAAAAUUAAGUGUCUCGUCGUUGAAAGUGUGACAAUAACACUAAUAAUUAAUUGAUAAUUCGUAUUGUGAUGUCUCGAAUAGUCGAUGGUUACUGCCCUAGAGAGAAAAAGGAAUUCAUUCUAACAAAGAAACUGAUGUUUAUCUGGAGUAAAUAAAAAUGUGCAUUGUAUUCGUCAAACGAAAGUGGUGAAGUUGCACCGACGUUUCAAAGAUUCGGCGGGUCCGAAAUGAAUCAAAAUGAAUGAACAGGGAAUAAAAGUAAAAUUUUUAUCUAUAAAUUCAACAGCUACCGUCCAAGGGUGGCAACGAUUUUUCACAGGUCCGUGCAAAAAAAAAUCCCAGAUUGCAAAACGAAAUAUAUCAGGAAGGGUCCAUUUACAAGAAGUAAUAAAAAAAGAGAAUUGAAAAAUUAUACGAACUUAUACAUGAUAUUGAAGUAUUUUUGUUGUCGUCUGUUAUAAAACUUAUUUUGUAAAUCCACGAAUAAAUAGUCGAGUUUAUUACA